AAUACAAUUAAUAGAUACAAAAGACACAAUCUGCUGACAUUUGAAUUUAUUGGAAGACCUCAGAAAGCAACCUUCGCAUUCAAGCAUUAUUAUUCAGAUAGAGAGUUCGAGAGUUCCACUUGGGUGGAAGUGAAAAAUCAGCAGUAGAUCAAAGAUGGUGAAUUACUGGAAAUCCAAGGUUCUUCCAACGAUCAAGAAGGUUUUCGAUAAAAAAGACAGCAAGAAGACUGCUGCCGUAGAAGCCUGCAAGCUCUUCGAUGAUGCUAAGGCGCAAUACACGAAAGAGUUCGAAGAGAAGAAGACUGAGCUUCAACCAAAAGUUAUAGAAAUAUAUGAAGCGUCAUCCACUGAAAUCAAGACUUUGGUGAAGGAACCCAAGGAGGCAGGUCUUAAGAAACAUUCAGCAGCAGUUCAGAAAUUCCUUGAUGAGCUUGCCAAGAUUGAAUUUCCGGGAACCAAACCAGUCUGUGAUGCAGCUUCCAAAGUCGGGCCAGCAUAUUUAGCAGGCCCGGUUUUCUUCGUGUUUGAGCAAGUCUCUACGUUUGUAGUCGCGGAGGAGAAAAAAGAAGAGGCUGCACCACCAGCCAAGGCUACUCCAGGGAAAACUGGAGAAGAUACGAGCGGCCCAGAGGUGAAAGAGAAGGAUAUUGCUGUGGAAGAAGUGAAGAAAGAAGAAGUACCGGCUGCUGAGGAGGCCAGCACUUGUUCAACCACGGCUGAGCCACCGAAGGUUGAAGAAGUACCACCACCUGCUCCCGCAGCAGAGCCGGCAAAGCCUUGAUGAAAGAAGUCCAAGUUGACAUCAGCUGUAUCCCUAGUAAAAUUUUGACACCUCACUGCAUUAACUCUUCUGAGCAAAAAUGUCGUUCUAUUCACUGAAUUGUGACAAAAUUUUAGAGGACAGCAGAUUUCAACUCUUGAAGCCUGGCUGAUGGCCGAUUACUUUACAAUCUAUUGUUUGAAUGAAGACAGAAGAUGACAUAUUAUAUAUUUUUUUGUUUUUUCCCCUUUCUUCUUCUUCCUUUAUAUUGUUAAAUACCAUAUGUUGUGUAUUAUUGUGAAUUGUACCCACAGUUUGGCAUUUACAUGCAUUAAAGAAAAUAAAUUAAUAUU